AUGAGCGAAUGGGGAAAACCAGGCCAAUCGACCAAAAGGUGCGCAGGCCCAGAUUUUGGCUCUGUACGCUGGUAUUUUUGCCUUGACACUGAGCAUCCCAUACUUCAAGCGACUACCCCCGUGUCAAAAAUCGCAAACCCCGACAGCUGGGACAUGGAGAGAUGUGUAUUCGGUGUCGGGUUCUGGCGAACUAGCUUACAGCCAUUGGACAGAGAUGCUGAUCACACGCGACCCCGGAGGCACCAGGUGAGGAAAGGCCGCUUGAAUGAGAAGAAAAUUCUCGCGGAAAAUGAGGCUCAAAAUUGUCUCCGAUGUUCAAGAAGUGAUUGCUCCUCGAAAUUGUUGAAAGUUACCCUCAAUUCUCAAGGACAAAGGGUAAAGACAGCCGCAAACCAGCACCUUUGGGACCCCAGCAGCGGCCUGUUCCGUGACAACGAGACCACAACCCUUUAUCCUCAGGAUGGAAACGUCUGGGCUGUGAAGUCCAACCUCACCCAGUCACUGUCACAAAUCCGACAGAUCUCACAGUCCCUGCGCAACCGCUGGGUGGGUUUGAGCUUCAAGUUCACUUCAUUGCCGGGAACCCCAACUCCGCGUUGGACCUCCUCCCGUCUGGAAUGGGGUUUUAUGAUGAAUGACCCACGCAUGACCAACUCAACCUUCAUUGAAGGGUAUUCAACUGAUGGCUCGUUGCAUUAUGAGCCGUACGCUAAUGACCCCCGGGUAUCGCACUCGCACGGCUGGUCUACCGGCCCAACAUCCGUUCUCAUGAACUACGCCGCGGGUCUCAAAUUGACUUCCGGAGCAGGAGCGACCUGGUCGAUUUCUCCACAGCCUGGCAAUCUGACAUCGAUCGAUGCGGGUUUCUCAACGAAGCUUGGCGCUUUUGCGAUAACCUUUGAGAUGCGCAAUGGUACAUACCAAGGUCUGCGCUUCAGUACGCCAAUCGGAACAACAGGGUGUGUUGUCCUGCCAGGGGCGAAUGCUUUGGUCGGCGUCAAUGGGACUAGGGUUGUACUUGGUGCUGAUGGCUUGGCUGGUGGGCUGGACGGCGGGAAUUGGACUUUGUUCUCAGAAGUUCACCCAUCAGGCAGAACAGGCAGAAAAAAUUGGUAA